AUGCUGUGCCACGGGGAGGGCCUGCUGAGCUCCCUGACGGCGCUAAUGGCGCUGGCGCUGGCGCUGAGCCGCAGCCCGGCGCUGGCCUGCCUGCUGCCGGCCGGGCUCUACCUGGCGCUGCACUUCUUGGCCCUGGAGCCCGCGGCGCCCCAGAGCGCGCAGCGCGUCCUGCGGCCCCGCGGCGCCGCCUCCCGCAUCGCGCACCGCGGCGGCGCGCACGACGCGCCCGAGAACACGCUGGCGGCCAUCCGACAGGCAGCUGAGAAUGGAGCAACGGGCGUGGAACUGGAUCUUGAAUUUAGUGCAGAUGGUGUCCCCAUUCUCAUGCACGAUGACACAGUCGAAAGGACAACUGAUGGGGCUGGGAGACUGCAGGACCUGACUUUUGAGGAAAUCAGGAAGCUUAAUCCAUCUGCAAAACACAGGCUAUGGAGCCAAUUCCAGGAUGAAAAGGUACCAACUCUGAGAGAAGCUGUUGUGGAGUCUAUGCAUCACAAUCUCACAAUCUACUUUGAUGUCAAAGGCCAUGCAAAUCAGGCAGUUGAUGCCCUGAAACAACUCUACCAGGAAUUUCCACAGUUGUAUAACAGCAGCAUAGUCUGUUCUUUCAUGCCAGAUGUUGUUUAUAAGAUGAGACAAGCUGACAGAAAGGUUGUGACAGCACUGACACACAGGCCCUGGCAGCUGAGUCACCUGGGAGAUGGGACACCACGAUUCAGUUCCUCCUGGAAGCAUUUCUUGUAUGUGAUGAUGGAUGUCAUUCUGGACUGGAGCCUACACAGUUUCUUGUGGCGAUUGUGUGGGGUUUCAGCUUUCCUCAUACAGAAAGAUUUUGUUUCUCAGGACUAUGUGAGGCACUGGUCUUCCAGAGGAAUUCGAGUGGUUCCCUGGACAGUGAACACGUUUGCAGAGAAAAGCUACUAUGAAAGUGUCCUUGACUGCAGCUACAUCACCGACAGCUUGGUGGAGGACUGUGAGCCCCACUACUGACCCAGGCCGACCUCACUGAGUCCUGGGGGCCCUGCUGGGGCAGGUCUGCAGCCAGGAGGGCAUCCAGACUGCUGAGGAGAGCUCUGGGAAAGGCUGAGCAGCAGUUGGCUUCUGCCUGUGGUCACAUCUCAAAGCAGUGCACUGGCCAAGCUGUGGUGCAGCCACACACUCUCUGAGGAGAUCACUGUAAUGUGAAAGAAUCAGAGUUGACAGCCCCGUUGGGCCAUACCUUGUCUGUGCAGGUGGGUUUAGAAUUCUCUGGUUAUUUCUUGGCUUUGUUUAAAUUUUGGUUCUAAAUUUGUACCUGCGAUUUUGGUGUCAAAAUUUCAAAUCAUAACUUGAUGUUAGUAAUUUUAACAGGAUGUUCUACAAAUGUGUACUAGUUUGAGGUUGAUUUUUAACACCUUAAAAUCAUUUGCAUUACUGUUCUUAAAACAGAAACUGGAAAUAAUAGCACAGUGGUGCUAAAAUAGAAGAUGGGCAUAUUUCCCUGCCCUGCAUGGAAAGAUGGCUGUGCUGAAUCCUGAUGAGGAAGAAAAAGCCACCUUUCCAUGUGUGAUGUGAAAUAAAACUUGAGCAGCUUCUUAUCUUCCACAGCUUUUAAGAGAACUAAGGGAGGAUAGAAAAUUGUUUCUUCUAAUGAAGAAAUGACACAGCACAUGAAUGUAUUUAUUUUUAAGAGAAAGCUAUAUAUUGGGUGCUGGUAAGCAGUAGAACAAAUGGAGCUGAAAUGUCUUUUUAGUUUGCCUUUGGUUGCAUGAUUGAAGGGCACUCAGAGGGAUAUGGAAACCGUAAUCCACAUUUAACUUGAACUCCAAAGAGUCUGCAGUUUCAAUAAACAAUUCUCUAAGAAUUCAUGGGGAGGUGUUCUUUAUCAGCUGUGCAGAAGGGCAUUGAUGUAAAAUGUCACAAUUAGUGCAGAUUGUCCCAGUUAGGGUUAAUCCAAACUUCUGAAAUACCACAGAAUCAUGCUACGACCUGCCCAGGGGUGAUGGGGUUUUUGUUUGUAUCUUGAGCUUCAUCCAGGCACAAAGGAGUUGCUUUUCCCUCUUAGGAUGACAGGAGCCUCUUCCAUUUGUUCACUCACUCCACUCCCCCUGCACUGCAGAAGCAGGAAUCUCAGCCUCCUGGUGCACAUCCUAUAGAAUGUGUAGGUUUAUGUCCACAUCCUGUCCUGUGGCCUCUGGUGUUACUGCUGAGCCCGGCAGGGGCUGCCCCUGUGGCCGCUGAAGGGCAAAUGACUCUUCAUGGCAAAUGGCCCUUGCUCCAAAGGUCCAGCUGUUGUUGCGGCUUGAGUUUCUGGCACUGCUGAGUCUCCAUCCUCAGUGCAAAAACCAGCCCCAGACCCAAUGCCCACAGCCAGGCUCCACAGCUGUAGGUGCAGGGAAACAAUAAAAUUCAAUCUCUGCUCUUGCACUGUGUGUAAAGUUUGUCCUUUGAUCUGUGGUGGCUGGGUUUGGGUUAUCUUUAACCUAAAUUAUGAGCAAGAGGAAAAGAUGUGCCUCUUUCCAGAGCAACAAGGGAGGAAAAAAACAGACACUAGCAGAAAAUGAGCUAAACAAAACAAAAAAUUUAUCAUGGUGGUGGCAAAAUCGUGGCCUUGAAUAAAAAUCAAAUCACAGUCAUGUAUGAUAAAAAAAUAAAUCUUAGUUGUGUUAUCUCCAACAAAUCCUUUAUAGGAGAAGAGGUGUAAACUUUCAAGCAAUAGUUUUACACAGAUGAGAAUUUGCUAAGUAGUCACUCAGUUCUGAUGGCUUCAUCAAAGCUGCUUUUAAAUGACUCUAAUAAACCGUAAAAAUGGCUCA